GCUUGUUACAAGUUUCCCGUGGCGGCGGUGCCGGAGGGAGCCCGGCGUGGUGGCGGGCCGCGGCAGCAGCGGGGCGCGAUGCCCGGUGCCUGCCCGGGGCUGACCGGGCGGGAGCGCUGCCAUGAGCGGAGCCCGGCGGCUCGGCCAGGGAGCUCUGCCGUCCCGCAGUGAGCACUCUGCGCCGAGUGUCUCUUGUCCCCUGCAGCACGCUGCCAGCUGGUACCUCCCUCCUUUCUGAAGCGUAACUGAGGAGGGGGUGGAAGGCAGAGGAAGUUUGGUGCUCAGUUUUUUUCCGCAGGCUUUGGAGAGGGAUCCCCUUUGCGUCCCAGCGCGGAGGGCUGCAGGACGGGGUGCGGUGGCGGAGGGCAGAGGGGCAGAGCCGGGAGCGGCCGUGCGGAGCCGUGCCCCGCCGCCGCGUACCUGGCGUGCUGGAUGCGAGCUCCGCGCAGCUCCGCCGAGCGUAGCGGCAGCGGCGCGGCAGAUGCAGAUGAGUGCGUGUGUGUAUGCUUAACCCUUUCUUGGCUCCUCGGAUUUGUACCAUGCUGAAGAUCCUCACCAAAAAGCUCAGGAACCAGAGUUUGAACGAAAUUCAACCUUUCCAGCUAAAGAUCUCCUAUCCCCCAAGUGAUGAGGACAGCGAUGACUCUGAGGGAGAGAACCAGGAACUUGCUCAGAUCGACAGAGAGAGAAGACGGAAUUGUACCCUGACUCCUCUGGCCACCAACCAGCUCCAGAACCAGGAGAGCCAAUGCUGCAAGGUUCGGGCCCUCUUCCAUGCCAGCCUUGACCGCCACAGCUCGGAAGAGGAGCUGGAGCGCAUCAACCGAGAGUUUGCCGCGGAGAAGCGGAAGUGGUCCCAGGUCAGCCGGCUCACCUGCUGCAGCGACGGCAACAACACCUCCUCCAGUGAUGAAGAAGUGAAGAACUUGUGCGCCAUGUCCUUCCGGCCCGUGGCAGAGCAGGGCGAUGGCCUCCAGGCCAGCCCGAGCCCCGUGCUGUUCAGUGCCUCCCCUCCCAAGAGACUCCAGCCCCUGGUGCGCAGCCCGGCCUCCGGAUCUUUAAUCUUCACAAGCGUUGGGGCGGGCCUUGAGCAAGUCAUGCCUUGUAAGAGACAUCGACAGGGAUAUGGGGAUAAGGUCAGCAGGCCCAGCCUUGACCUGGAAAAAAUGCAGCAGAAGAUGCUGCUCAAGAAGAAUUGUGGAGCGAAGACUAGAGUAAUUAAAAUUCGUAGCAUCAGCGGAGGCCGCCCGCCGUCCCACUUUAUGUACGAUCCCUCCACUUUUGCCUUCCGUUCCCUCAGCACCUUGAAGCCGCUGAGCCCGAUAGCUCCAGUGGAAGAACCGUCAUGUGCCUACUGAAGGAGUUUCUCCAAAAAAACCUCAGGAACUAUCAACCAGUGUCCUGCCUGGCAGGGAGAAGGGGAGGUGGUGAUACCCAAGGCGGGGGGUGGGAGAAGAAGGGGCAAUGACACAUCUUUGCAAUGCAGCUGCUCUGGCAGGAGGAAGCGAAUGGCCUGGCAGCAGUGCCUGUUCUCAUACUACUGAUGGAUCCCAGCAGUGGCAGAGGGGAGUGAGUUUUGUCUUUCAGGGCAAAGCAAACCAGUCAGGUCCACAAACUGCAAUAACUGCCACCAAGGCAGUGUCAAACAUGAGGAUGGUGGCAAAUGAAGAUAUCCAGGAGGUGUUCAGGGGUUAGUAUGACCUGCAUGGCAGCAGGGAUGAGUGAUCAAGCUGUGAAACCAAAUCCAGUCAGUUUCCCAAGGAUACCUGGGUCUAUAGUGCUUUGCUCUAGACCUGACACUUCUCCCACUCAGAAGUGAGCUCAGGAUUGGAGAAGGAGGCUAUACACAGCUGCUUGCAAAACAAGAUCCCUCUCUGAGAAUUGUUAUAAUUGCAUUCACAUCAAGCUCUCUCAAGUGGAAAACCCUAGGACAAGGAGGUGUAUGGAGGAGUAACUGGCACAUUUAGCUGUGCGUUCCAGAUGAUCUGCUGGCAGUUUGGUGAUCGUACUGUCCAAAAAGAGAUUGAAAUGGGAGAGUGAGACAUCCAUAGGUAGAUCUGGGGUUAGAAUAAAAUUCUAGAAUUGGAAGGUCUGUGUUGAGCUAUCCAGGGAAAUGCAGCAGCCACCUUCAGUCGUCUCAGCAUCGUCAAAGAGAAGAACUUGGGGGUGACUGUGUGCUCAUGGGUCUCCUCUCUGCUGAGGCAGUGUGUGUUCUGGGGUAUGUAACACUUCUCCAUAGUAUUGUCCCACUACAUGAUGGUGGAGGUAAGUGGUGCCACCAAACCUAAACCAAUUUAAUGUCUCCAGCAAGCUUUCCACCCGCCUUGUUUAUGCUAGCUCUUAAAUUCAGGUACUCUCUUCUGGUAUCAGUGGGACAGUAUUCUCAGAUGAAGCAAGCAGUGGGAAAAAGUCGAUUUUGUGGCUGUUGGUGGAAGAAACAGGAGGGGAGUUUUGAGUGAAGGUGGGGGGUGUUUCUCCACAGACAGUUCUGAGGCUGUUGGGACCAUGCUAGGCCUUGCUACCACUGGUGUUGGGCUGGGAUCUGUCCUCAAGGCAUGUGUGUGUCUUGUGCCAAAGGCAGGAGUUAACAGAACAAGCUCUCACCUUUCCUGUUGAGGCAGGGGAACAAAGCCUUUCCUCUUGCUGCACCUGGUGGAGAGAGUAACCUCUUGCUGUAGGCAUUGCCCACCAUGAGCCUGUACCUGAGUGCAAGGGGAAGCAAGUAGUUUGUCCAGAGGAGCAACUGUGAGUAAUACAAAAUAAUUUUUGUUUUUUUAAAUUUGCCUCAGUGUAGAGUCUUUGCUGCUGCUCUUUGGUUGAGACCAAUGGUCAGUCCAGCUGCCAGUAGGAGGAUAUCCAGUGAGCUGGUCUGGGCCCUUCACUGAGACCCCUGGGAAAGUCCAAAGGCUGUAGGCUUGGGGACCUGAAUCUCCCACCCCCCCGCCUCUUCUCCCUAACUCCUGUUAUUCAGGCAGGCAGAGCAGCUGGGCAAGGUGGUGAGGGGAUGUCUGUCCUGAUGCUGUCCCAGCUCUGCCUGCUGUUUGGCUCUGGACUGUGACAGCUGGGUCACCCCCUGCACCAGCAUCACCUCCAAGAGGUCACUUGUGUUUACGUGAGGGACCUCUGGCAGACCAUCAUGGUUCCCUGCAAGUCCCUGUUUCCAAGAGAGUGCAGUUCCUCUGCGGAUUGCUCCUGCCCCUGUAGAAAUUCUGCUUAUCUUGUUUUGAUGGCACACCCCAGCUCUUUAACUGCUGCCAGAUCAAGCUGCCCAGUGCAGGACAGGAAGCAUUGCUCCUUUGGACCAAAUCCCUGUGCUCAGGAGAUGGGACAGCCAUAGCCUGGUACCCAUCUAAGAGGCACAUUCCUUGUGCAAAUGGCUGGGGUGGCAGCCUUCUGUAUGGCUCUGCAGCCUCCGGCUUUGCUCAGCAAGAGCUGCCAAGGUGCUGGGGCCCAGAGGUGUGUUCCUGCCAGCCAGUCGGUGGGGCAGGCUGCCUUGCCCCAGCUGGGAGCAGGGAACAGGGAUGUCCUGCUAAUAUUGUUGCCUUUUACUACUUUUGUAACUUUUCUGUCUUUUCUUUUUCAAUCUGAAGAAAAAAUAAAAAAUUU